AUGGUGCUUCUCGCUUGGAAUUUCAUUGAAGACGAUGAGAGCGAAAUUAUGGAAGCGGUCCGCCGCAUGAGUGAUCGCUAUGAUUUUGUCGUCACCAGCUUGGCUUUCAGCGGCGGUAUUGGACCAACUCACGAUGACAUCACCUACCAAUCCAUUGCCAAGGCGUUUGACUUGCCAUUAAAGCUGCAUGAUGAAGCGUUCCAGAAAAUGAAGGUGCUUUCAAGACCCGAUACGCUCACUCCAGGUUUUGAUUGGGAAACCGACUCUCCGGCGCUGCAGGCCAAAUUACGAAUGGUCAGGCUGCCGACAGACGAGAGUCGAGACUUGAAGAGCCAGUUUCUCUUUGUGUCGGACAACCUGUGGGUUCCUAUCUCAGUUGUGAAUGGCAACAUUCAUAUAUUGCCCGGUGUUCCCUCCCUGUUCCAGGCGUUACUCGACGGAAUGAAGCCAUUUAUACUCCCCAGACUGGUAGAUCCUGAAGGCAAGGGAACCUGCAGAAUCUUGAUUUCUACGCCAAUGCCAGAAAGUGCCGUGGCGGCUUAUCUUACAGAACUGGCGGCCAGGGUUGAACCCAAAGGUGUCAAAGUUGGAAGCUAUCCUAGGUGGGGCAAGAAGCGCAACACCGUCACGCUUGUCGGCAGGGAUCAAGCAUUCCUCGAAAGUUUAGUUGCCGAGGUUGAGGAGAAUGUCAAGGGGCGUCGUGUUAGUCAAGAGGAUGAAGCAGAUGAUCUUUAA